AGAAGAGAUGUCGGACCUGGGAUCAGAGGAGUUUGAGGAGGAACACGAGCCUGACCUCGGGGAAUAUGAAGGGGAGCGGAAUGAAGUGGAGGAGAGACACGGUCAGGGUGAAGCACGUUUGCCGAACGGUGACACCUAUGAAGGGUUAUAUGAGAAAGGGAAGAGACACGGCCAGGGAACUUACCGAUUCCGGAACGGCUCGCGGUACAUCGGCGAUUAUCACCAGAACCGGAAACAAGGCGCCGGGACCUUCAUGUAUCCCGAUGGGUCCAAAUAUGAAGGUGAUUGGGUGGAUGAUCAGCGGCAGGGACAAGGAGUCUACACCUAUCCCAACGGAGACACCUACAGCGGAGACUGGUUCUCCCACCAGAGGCACGGACAAGGCGUGUACACGGACACGGGAUCGAAUAUCGGCACCUGGGUGAACGGUAAGCAGGACAGAGCCGGAGAACUCGUUCUUCUCAAUCUCUGCUACCAGGGGAAGUUCUCCAACACCGCGAUGCUCGGUCCUGGGAAGUACAUAUUUGACAUCGGCUGUGAGCAGCACGGGACCUACGUCCAGGUGGAACAGGAAAAGGAGGAGGAGGAGGAGGAAGUGGAGGAGCCUCUGGCAGUGACGGCAACACAAUGGAACACGGAGAGGAUCACCAGCCUGACUACCUGGUCCCCCACAGAAGUGGUGCCACCCCCAGCUCCAGUGGUUUGA